CGUUACUGCUGUUGUUCCUGGGGAGGACAAGAAUAUAAAACAUCGACCUCGAGACGCUUCUUCAGACGAAUGCUGUCUCCCUUUCCCCUUCCCUCUCUCGAUCAGCAGCCUGUUUUUUCCUCUACGGCCAACAGCUCAGGUCCUCCCCUUUACCCGGUCCGGCCCGUCUGUCAAUUGCUGUCAAAGACUCGUUAACUCGUGUCUUUCGUUCUAAACAAACCACACAACUCCUCCCCCCCUUCUCUCUCUCUCUCUCUCUCCUACACGGGAGACUUCCUUCGUUACCAUGAGUAACGCCGGAGGCCUCAACGACGACGUGCUGGCCAAGGCCCACGUCGCCUCGGCCACCGUCCAGGGCACGGGAGCCGAGACCCGCGGCUCCUUCGACGUGACGGCCGCCGCCGCCGCCCCCGCCGUCGACGACAACUACUACGACUCCAAGUCGGACGACGACUACGAGGACAAGCCGACCGAGGAGGAGCUCAACACGCUCCGCCGUGUCUCGGGCCCGAUCCACUGGGGCAUCUACACCAUCGCCUUCGCCGAGCUCUGCGAGCGCUUCUCCUACUAUGGCUCUUCCGUCCUCUACACCAACUUCGUCAUGCGCCCUCUGCCGCCCGGCUCCAAGACCGGUGCCACCUACGGCGCCGAUAUCCCUGCCGGUGCGCUCGGCAUGGGCCAGAAGGCCUCCCAGGGUGUUUCUCUGGUGAACCAGUUCUGGGCCUACCUCGUCCCCCUCUUCGGUGGUUGGUUGGCCGACGCGAAGCUUGGCCGUUACAAGGUCAUCCACAUCGCCAUCGCCGUCUCGACCAUCGCCCACAUCAUCCUCGUCAUCUCGGCCGCGCCUGGCGUCCUCUCCCAGGGCAGGGUCGCCUUCGCCCCCUUCUUCAUCGGUCUCUUCACGCUCUGCUGCGGCACCGGCCUCUUCAAGGCCAACAUCUCCCCGCUGCUGGCCGAGCAGAACAAGGACACGCGCAUGCGCGUCGAGGUCCAGAAGGGCGAGCGCGUCAUCGUCGACCCGUCCGUCACCAACACGCGCAUCUUCCUGUGGUUCUACUUCGCCAUCAACACGGGCGCCGUCGGCGGCCAGAUCUCCAUGGUCUUCGUCGAGAAGUACCACAGCUUCUGGCUCGCCUUCUUGCUGCCCACCAUCCUCUUCCUCAUCUGCCCCUUUGUGCUCUACUUCAACAAGAAGAACUACCACCUCACCCCUCCCACCGGCUCCGUCCUCGAGAAGUUCUUCCGCAUGUCCAGCUUCGCCGCCAAGCGCUCCGGCGGCUACACCAAGCUCAACUGGGAGAACGCCAAGCCCAGCAACAUCCCCGUCGCCGAGCGCCCCGGCUGGUUGACCUACGACGACGCCUGGGUUGACGAAGUCCGCCGCGGUCUCAUGGCCUGCAAGGUCUUCCUCUUCCUGCCCAUCUUCUUCCUCGCCUACAACCAGAUGACCAACAACCUGACCUCCCAGGCUGGUUCCAUGGUCCUCGGCGGCGCCCCCAACGACGUCAUCCAGAACCUCAACCCGCUGUCCAUCAUCAUCAUGAUCCCCAUCCUCGACCACUUGAUCUACCCGGGCUUCCGCAAGAUGGGCUUCAACUUCACCCCCAUCAAGCGCAUGACCACCGGUUUCUUCUUCGCCGCCUCCGCCAUGGUCGCCGCCGCCGUCAUGCAGCACUACAUCUACCAGAUGUCUCCCUGCGGCGACCACGCCACCAUUUGCGAGGAGGGACCUGCCCCGAUCAACGUCUGGGCCCAGUGUCUCCCCUACAUCUUCGUCGGUCUGGCCGAGAUCUUCACCAACGUCACCUCGUACGAGUACGCCUUCUCCAAGGCCCCCGAGAACAUGAAGUCCCUGGUCAUGUCCGUCAACCUCGCCAUGAGCGCCGUCUCCGCCGCCCUCGGCCAGGCCUUCACCCCUCUGUCCGACGAUCCCCUCCUGGUCUGGAACUACGCCUGCGUCGCCAUCAUCGCCUUCAUCGGUGGUGUCGCCUUCUGGUUCUGCUUCAAGCACCUCGACCACGAGGAGGACGAGCUCAACCAGCUCAAGAAGACAAAGUUCCUCGGCACCAACCAGCCCAACGCCGCAGCUCGCGACGACGCUGCCGCCCAGGCUCAGGUCUCCGAGAAGGUCUAAGCCUGUGUGUGUCGAUAACCAUUCCAAGCUUUGCCUCCAACCCCCCUUCUCAUGGGGCAGAUGCAUUCUCAAAUCUGGUUGUAAUGAUUUUCCGCGUCAAAUGAUUCCCCCGGCUUUCGAGUCUUGCAGACUAGUUGCCAACCUCUUAGCUAGAACAACAUGCAUAUACGAUGCAUAUAAUGAAGUAUUUAUUCCACACAUGGCUCGCUCACCUCCAGAUGGCAUGUUGAAACAUGAUCAAAGUCGUGACGCUUACAAGUUUGCC